AGUAACUUCCAUAGGUUCGAUGUAGGAAGCAAGUGGUAAUCCCCAUCGAAGAGCGCAAGGAGAGUAUGAAUAUGUUAGGGUUUCUUUAGAAUCUUUCUCAUCUGCUAUACGUAUAGUCACUGUAGAGCAUUCAUCAUGAGCUCGUCAAUUCCUCUUUGGACAGUUUUGAUAAUCUCGUCAUUGGCGAUGGUGAGAAAAUCUUUGGCGACGUGCAGCGGGCCACCGAAUCAGCCAACUGGCAGCAAUGUUUGCAGUGUAAGACGAUCCUGCAUACGAUCAUACACCGUGCAGGUUAGUGUAAGAACGACAAGAGCAACAACUACUCAAUGUGGAUGGUGGUUUGUUCGCAAAAGAUGCGGGGCAAGGCGGACGAUAUACGUGUUGAGAACACAAACAAGGCAAAGAACGGAGUAUUUUACUGUCAACCAAUGUUGCAGUGGAUACCAAAAAGAUGCUUUGAAUAAAUGCCAACCUCGAUGCAACAGUGGCUGCGUAAAUGGUCGCUGCGUAGCACCAAAUACUUGCACUUGCAAUCCUGGGUACCGUGGAGUUGAUUGCAGUAUCAAAUGUCCCAGAGGUACUUACGGCCCACAAUGCAGUAGACAAUGUGACUGUCACAACCGGGCCACAUGUGAUCACAUCUCAGGGGCAUGCAUUUGUCCAGCUGGUUGGACCGGCUCAACUUGUAAUACAACGUGUUCAAACGGCACAUUUGGUCUGAAUUGUAACCAGAGAUGCUUGUGUCAAAAUGGAGCUAGUUGCAGUCCAGUCGAUGGUUCAUGUUCAUGCGCAACUGGAUUUACCGGAAUACGCUGUGAGAACAAGUGCCCUAUAGGAAAAUACGGUGAUGGUUGCAUCAACGACUGUCCUUGUCUGCAUAACGCGACUUGCUCACAUGUGGAUGGAACUUGUAACUGUUCAGCCGGUUGGAAGGGGAACAUUUGCAAUCAUCCUUGCGAUGAAGGGACUUUCGGUAAACAUUGUUUACAAAGAUGUGAUUGUGUAAAUGCCAGGCAUUGCGAUGCAAAGACUGGGCAAUGCUUCUGUCAUGCAGGCUUCUUUGGUAACAGGUGUGACAAACCAUGUCGGAACGGUACAUUUGGCAUCGACUGCAUAGAAAACUGCCUAUGUAACUUGAAUCACAGUAUAUGUGACAGGGUAAAUGGUACAUGCCAUUGUAAUAAAGACUGGACAGGGGAGCAUUGCAACACUCCCUGUGGCGAGAUUGAUCCAAAAACAAAUUUAACUGUUCCUUGUGAGAAGAAUUGCAACUGUACAGUGAAUGGUCAAUGUGAAAAGACAUCAGGGAUUUGUCUUUGUAAUCCAGGUUUCAAUGGCACUAGAUGCGAAAGCGAGUGUCCCACAGGAACAUAUGGUCACAACUGCUCUUUGCAAUGUAAUUGUCAAAACGGGGCGAUAUGCUCAAAAGCAGAUGGGAAAUGCAACUGCGCUAACGGAUGGACAGGCAUUUUCUGUGAAGACAAAUGCCCUAAUGGGUUCUAUGGGCCUGAUUGUGACACGAGAUGCAAAUGUUCUGCUCAUAGUGUUUGCGACAGAUUCACUGGUAACUGCCAAUGCACUGGAGAAUACCAAGGGAAAUACUGUGACAUUAUUUGUGGAAAUUGGACGUUUGGGUCUGGCUGUGCUCAAAGCUGCGUGUGCAAUCAAACGACUACAGAAAAGUGCAAUGCAUUAAACGGCAACUGUACAUGUAAACCAGGAUGGGAGUCACAGGAUUGCUCAGUAGAGUCGGUCUGUCCGCGUGGAAAAUUUGGCCCGUAUUGCAGGCAAACUUGCCUUUGUCAAAAUAAGGGAACUUGCGGACACUUCGAUGGCUUUUGUACUUGUCGGCCUGGGUACAUUGGAGACAAGUGUGAGCGAAAAUGUCCAGAUGGCAGCUUUGGACGAGAAUGUAAAAUGGUUUGUGCGUGCAUGAAUAACGCAACAUGCAAUCACGUGGAUGGUGCCUGUAGCUGCAAAGCAGGAUGGGAAGGAAUUACUUGCAAUAAAACUUGCGAUGGCUCAAAAUAUGGCGAGCAUUGUAGUAAACCUUGUGACUGCAAAAAUGGUGCGCAAUGUGACCCUGUUGAUGGAAAAUGCCGCUGCACUGCUGGCUGGACUGGACAAAAGUGUGACAAAUCAUGCGAUCAAUGGUUUUAUGGAGAAGGAUGCCAACUGGCCUGCUCUUGUGUACAGCAUAACUCGAUCUCCUGUGAUUCGAAGAGCGGCAGCUGUAGAUGCAAGGCUGGCUCACGAGGUGAAAGCUGCGAUAAAGAUUGCAAAACUGGAACUUUUGGACCUGGAUGCUCCAAUCAAUGCUCUUGUCAUCCUCAAAACGCCAAAGAUCUGAAAACUUGUGACGCUGUCACUGGUCAAUGCAAGUGUAAAAGAGGCUGGAUUGGACGAAAUUGCUCUAAACAAUGUGACAAGGGAUUCUUUGGCCACCAGUGCCUUUCUGCUUGCCCUUGCAAUAUGGAGCAUAUGUCUGGCGAUUGCCAUCAUGAAGAUGGGUCUUGCUUCUGCAGUCCAGGCUAUCAAGGGUAUAUUUGUAAUGACACUUGUUCGACUGGAACUUUUGGAAAAGAUUGCUUGUCAAAAUGCAAGUGCACAGGAUGUGACCACGUGACUGGCUCCUGCACAGGAGCAUCAUCCGCCAAUAAAACUCCAGUCACUUCGAUUGCUGUGCCAGUAGUUGCUGUGUUCCUAGUUGUUGUUUUUAUCGUUCUUGCUGUGCUUUACUGGAGACGAAAAACAUCAAUGCAUUCAACUGGAGAUAAAUCAGAUUCACGGGUUACUAUGAGUGGCCUUCCUGACGACGUUUACACCGAGCCUUUGCCACAAGCACCAGACAGUUUUAAUGCCUUCCAGAACCCAGUCUAUGGGAUCGUUGGAAGCACGAAGGAGCUAGAAGUUGAAAACUCAGCAUCUUCAUGUUAAAUGCUGUUUCAAAAGUCAAUGUAAAUUUGAUGCGGGUGUACAUUAUUCUGAAUAACUAGCAUUUUAUGAUGUAUUCUCAGUGUUUGUGGUUUCAAGUAAUACCUUGAUAUACCUUAGGUUUCAUAAUUUUAUUAAAUUUCGUACAUAAUGCACAUAUUUUCCUCUAACUGCACUUUUAAAGGAGUAACUUUUAUAAAAUGUCAGCUAAUCAUUUUGCUAUCAAACUCAUUUAUCAAUCCAUUUGUGAUGGAGCAGGCAUGAUUUAAUCUUAUAUGAAACUUUUGCAGAAAUACAGAACAUUUAUAGCAAGAUUUGCUAAUAAUUUAUCCUGAGAGUUCAGCAUUGAUCGGCAUGAUACAUUAAAUAUCCUAGAUGGUGAGUAUUAUCACUGCUGGUAAAACACAGCCAGAUCGGCACUAGAUUUCGUCUCCCUGGCUUGUAGAUUUUUUUACUUUUCUGUCAAUUCUAGCUGUUAGUUAUAUAGAAUAUAAGCAAUACCCAGGGACGCCGGAGUGGGGGGGCGGGGGCGGUCAUCCACUUCUGUUGCCUUUUGAUAGAAGGGGCAAGGGAGGCCAAAGUGCCCUUUUCAUAAAAAUGCCAUUGGUUUGUAAUUAUCAAAAGAUUCAUAUGAAAUUCUGACUGUCCAGCCUUAUUCGUGACGAAAUGUCUCAAAACUUGUAAAGAAAUUUAUAUUGCCAAAAUUUAGACGAUUUUCAAGAUACCUACAGAAGAUCGAAACAUAAUGACAGUUACGAAAGAAAUGAUGGUAGCUUGGAAUUAUUUUAAAUGCCCUUUUACUCAAGCCUGCUCCCUUGCCCCUUGUCCGUUCAGGCGUCCCUGACAAUACCUUUGACAAAAUGAACAUAAAUUCAUCGCUUUAUUAUAACAUUUUAUACGUAUGUGGAUCAUACAGUAAGAAUGAUGAUGUCAAAUUGAAUUAACUGGAACAUUUUCUUCGUUCCUUUCAUUGAUCAAAUAAAUCUACAUCCUAUCUCUAGCGG